UCAGCAGCUCCUGAUGUCUGAAGAUCUCCUGUAAUUGAUGAUCGCCGCGGCCGUCCAGCCCAGAGCCAUGAGCCACACUUCCUGCUGCGUUCUGCUGAGCAUCUCGCUCGCGCUCGCCUGCCACUUUUGGUCAGUGUGUGCUGAUUUCCCAGCAGUCUUUGGAGACGAGUCGUCAGGUUUCGGGCCGGUGUUUGAGGAGCAGCCCGUCGACACCAUUUACCCUGAAGAGUCUCCAGAGGACAAGAUCAUCAUGAGCUGCAGGACACGAGCAAACCCACCGGCCACAUACAGGUGGAGGCUGGACAACACAGAAAUCGUUAUUGGAAAUGACGAUCACUACAGUCUGAUGGGAGGAAACCUCGUCAUCAGCUUCCCCGACAAGAGCAAGCAUGCUGGGAACUACUCGUGUCUGGCCAGCAAUGAGUUCGGGACGCUCGUCAGUCAGAAGGCCUCUGUUCAGUUCGGAUACUUGGACAUGUUUUCCUCAGACGAGCGGGAGGCGGUCUAUGUGAAGGAGGGGCAAGGGGCGGUGCUUCUGUGUGCUCCACCUCCACACUUCCCAGAGGAUCUGUCCUUCCGAUGGAUGCUCAAUGAGUUUCCGGAAUUCAUUCUUCUGGACAAGCGGCGCUUCGUGUCUCAGACCACCGGGAACCUCUACAUCUCCACCGUACGAGCGUCAGACAGCGGGAACUACUCCUGCUUCGUCUCCAGUCCGUCCAUCGCCAAGAGUGUCUUUAGCAAGUUCAUCCCGCUGGUGCCCAUCGCCGAGCGUGACCCCAUCCCUCAGAUCCGAUGGAGGAAGGUGGAUGGUGAUCUGCCGGUCUAUCGCCACAACAUCAGUAUGUCAGGAAGUCUCCUUCAUCUUUACGACAUCCAGUACGAGGACGAGAGUUUAUAUGAGUGUGAGGCCGACAACUCCAAAGGCAAAGACAGACACAAAGUGCAUCUGUAUGUGGAGGGAGCUCCUGAAUGGGUGGAGAAGAUCAGCAGCUCGGAGAGAGACAUCGGAGGCGAUUACAUCAUGUCCUGUCUGGCCAGCGGGAAACCCAAACCCCAUGUGCACUUCCUGAAGAACGGACGAAUGGAACGCCACAGUCUAUCAGACGAAGGCAAAUACACGUGUUUCGCAGAGAAUGACAGAGGCCGAGGGAACAGCACCGGAUCGCUGUCAGUCACCGACGCCACGAAGAUCACUCUGGCUCCGUCUAACGCUGACAUCAGUGUGGGCGAGAGCACCAGGAUGGAGUGCGCUGCAUCACAUGACCCCACCCUCGACCUCACCUUCAUCUGGUCCCUCGACGCUCACGCCAUCGACUUCGACCAAGACAGAGAGCAUUACGAGCGCAAAAUGGUCAUUUCAGUCUUCAGCUUCCAGUACAGAGACGUGCGAGUGCAGCAGGACUGGAGAGACGCCUCCACCUCUCCAGUGAAUGUGGAGGGAAAUGCAGAAAUGGCCUCCGUGAUCAAUCUGACGCCCUGGACAGAGUAUGAGUUCAGGGUCAUCGCCACCAACACGCUGGGCACCGGACCCCCGAGUGACCCCUCGCCCAACAUCACCACCAGAGAAGCCAGGCCUGUUGUGGCUCCGUCAGAGAUCGGUGGAGGAGGAGGAACCAGUCGUGAGCUCACCAUCACAUGGACGGUACCAGUGCUCAUGUUUCUCACAUGAAGACCAGUGGCAUGUGUAUUCUAGAAAUCAGAAAAAUCCC